AUGCGGGUCGACGUGGUCAAUUGCAAGUAUCCUUCAAUGCCCAGCACAUCCAGACUCGGUUUCCGCACUAUUGGAAGCGAUGAUGGUUGUGCUACCCGUGUUGCGAGGAGAGGGGUUGUCAGGAGCUCAUCGGAGGGGAGGAGUGCAGGAUGCAAGGAAAAGAGAGGAGAUGAGGCCCCCAAAUUUCACAGGUACUUUCACGAAAGUACUUUCGAAAACCAUAAGCCAAGUCUCAUACCAACGCAUCCAAUGCCACGGCUGCAUGCAAACGCCAAUAAGACCCCUCUAUUUUCUGAUACACAAACAGAAGACGUCAUUGCCAAUCAAUUCGAGCCUGAAGCCCUUAGUGUGCAGGACCAACCGGGCUGGGGCAGCGAACUCGUCAUUAUGUCCGACCCCAUGGACGACUCCGUCACCGAAGACAUCUGGGCAUCUCCAGAACAGCAGCCCACCAAGAAACCUCAGACCCCCAGGACUCCGAAGACACCACCACCGCCCCGGACACCGGGGCCGAACCAAGGGACCGAAUACGACAGAGAAGCCGCAUUGCGCAAGGAGCUCGAGGGCGUUCGCACCAUUAAUGCCUCUAUCGAGGGCCUCAUACGCACACUGGAGAGAGCGCAAGAAAACAUGACCGUAGGUCUUGCUACCGUAUCCGGCACAGUAAACCAUGCCUCGACUUUGCUCAACACCUGGACCCGCAUCCUCUCUCAGACCGAGCACAACCAGCGGCUCAUUCUCGACCCAACCUGGCGGGGCGCAACCCAGGACGUGCUCGACAUCGAGGCCGAGGCACUUCGGAGACAACAGGCCGCAGAGCGCAGAGCGGCCGAGGAAGAGCGGAAACGCGAAGCAGCUCGGCGGAAACGCGAAGAGGAAGAGCAAGGCCGACAGAAGCAGGCGGCUGUCGUCGGCCGCACCCCCAGUAGUGCGGGGAACGAGCACAGGCACGUCGCAUACUCGGGGUGCCAGCUAUUCGAGUACGAGCACGAGCACGUCCGGGACAAGGAUCGGUCGAGGAGCUGCGUCCACGCAUGUGGUGGUCGGGUGCUUAUUGCGCAAUGGCCCGAAAGGUGGUAGGAGGAAAUAAUACCCGAAAUAUAAAGCAUGUGACGUGCUAUGUGUGUGAAGCUUGUUUGAGAACCGGCUGUCGCGACACCCCCCCGGGGGGGCGCGGAUCACUUCUUCUUGAAAAAGUCGCUCAUCUUCUUCAUCCCGGAGGUGUUGACUUUCUUUAGCUCC